GUGUAUUUAUAAAAUACCACACCUGCGAUACUUCUUUAAGCCAAAAACAAUAUCUUCAUCUCAGUUGAUCUCCCACCCAUCUCUUUGUGGGUGGGGCGUCCAGGGGUGAGAGUAGGUAAUACCUGGGAUCCACCUCCCACCUGACACACUGCUACAGAAGACACCAUUACCGACCACGACAUCACGGAACACCUGAGAGGAACCACGCCGAGGUCCUCACCCCAGACAGAGAAGGGUCCUGCCAGUCUCCCCCCUGAACACCUGGAGGCCUGGUGCUAAAUGUGGAGGACCCUGAGUAUCACCUGUUCAUCUGAAGAUCUACAAGAGGAGAGUGUUUGAUGAUGAAGCUCCACCUUGUUUCUCCUUCUACCUGAGGCGAACAAGUUCACCAGAAAACUGGAUGCCACAAGUGGAGGAAACUCACAACUCGCUGCUCCGAUUCCUUAUCCAUCCAUUUGUCUUAAGAGUCUCUCUCUCUGUUCACACCAUCACCAUGAGUGCUGUCUUCUCCCACCCCUUCGUAGACCAGCGGCCCACCUACCUAAACAGAGGCAGUAGCCUGCCCUAUGGUCUGUCUCCCUCUAGUGGCUACUCUGAAAACCGCCCAAACACCCACUCCAACCGCCUCCACUCUGGCUCUGACCCUCUGGCCCACACAGUGCCCUUCCUCCUCUACCCCACCACAAUGGACCCUGGAGGCCUCUAUGAAGCCUCGUUCCGGGGCCCUGGAGGCCCCAAUCUCCUCCCCUACCUGUCCCCAUUCCAUCACGGGCACUUUGGAGUGUACGAGUGCCCCUUCGAGCCAGCGUUCAUCCAGAAGCGUAACGAACGGGAGCGUCAGAGGGUGAAGUGUGUGAACCAGGGCUAUGCCAAGCUGAGGGACCACCUGCCCGGGGGUGUCAGUGAGAAGAGGCUCAGUAAAGUGGAGACACUGAGGGCAGCAAUUAAUUAUAUUAAAUACCUGCAGGGGCUGUUGGAGGGGCAGGGGAAGGGCAGAGAUGGGUAUGAGGGGGGACAGGUGUGCCACAGCCCCAGUUCUGUACACUGUAGGACGGAGGACUCGGACCACAGCAAUGGGGGGUCACCUCACUCUCUCUCAGACUCCUCCUCUUCCUCCGCAGGACUGUGA